AUGAAUGUAUAUCAUUAUACUUUUAAAUUUCGAGAACCUUAUCAAAUAAUAGUAGAUUCAAAUAUUAUAAUUAAAUGUUCAGAUUCAUCAUAUAAUAUAACAAAUGGAUUUAAUAAAACUAUACAAUCAGAAAAUAAACCAAUGAUAACUCAAUGUUGUAUUCAAGCAUUAUAUGAUACCAAGAAUGAAAAAGCUAUUUCAAUUGCAAAAUAUUUUGAAAGAAGAAAAUGUAAUCAUCGUACUCCAAUAAAUCCUCAAGAUUGUAUUGAAUCAAUAGUAGAUAUAAAUGGAGAAAAUAAACAUAGAUAUAUUGUUGCAUCACAAGACAAUGAAUUAAGAUCAAAAUUAAGACAAAUUCCUGGAAUUCCAUUAAUUUAUAUAAAUAAAAGUUCAGUAAUGGUAAUGGAACAAUUAAGUGAUGCAAGUUUAAAAUAUAGUCAAAAUUUUGAAAAUAAAAAAUUAAUUGCUGGAUUGAAUGAUCUGAAAGCUGGUAAACAGGUUAAACGAGAUAACGAAAAGGAAAAUGAUGGUGAAGAUGAUGGAAAGGGAGAAGGAGAACCGGUUAAGAAGAAAAGAAAAGGUCCUAGUGGUCCUAAUCCUUUGAGUAUAAAGAAGAAGAAAAAGACUGGCAGUGAAAAUGUAAAUGAAGAGAAGAAAGAGAAAAAACCUACGAGGAGAAGUAAACAUAAGAAAGUCAAAGAUGAUGAUGAUACCAACAAGGAACUUAAAGAAGAUACCAACAAGGAACUUAAUGAAGACAAAACGAUUAAUGAUGAUACAAAUAAAAUUGAAGAAGAGAUACCGAAUAAUGACUCUAAUCAUGAACCUGCAGAAUAA